AUGGAGCUCUUGUUCAUGGCUGUCUCCUUGUUAUUGAUGGGCCUUUUUCUCUUCUCAUUUCUGUCAAAAUGGAAUGAAAUCAUAUUCCAAAGAAAAGGGUUGCCCCCUGGCACUAUGGGCUGGCCGUUUUUUGGUGAGACUAAUGAAUUCCUCAAGCUUGGCCCCAACUUCAUGAAAAGGCAAACAACCAGGUAUGGAAGAAUUUUCAAGUCACACAUACUAGGCAGUCCCACUAUAGUCUCAAUGGAUCCAGAACUGAACAGAUACAUAUUAUUGAACGAAGCAAAGGGACUAAUUCCUGGCUAUCCCAAAUCUAUGCUGGAUAUACUAGGAAAAAGAAACAUAGCUGCUGUGUAUGGAUCACAACAUAAGUUUUUACGAAAGAGUCUAAUGUCUUUAAUUGGAGCUUCGUUGGUCAAAGACCGCCUUCUGCCCCGGAUCGAUAAGUACAUGAGGCUUCAUCUAUCAAAUUGGGAUGGUAUCGUUAUUGACGUUCAACAAAAAUCUACUGAUAUGGCGUUCUUGAUAGGAUUCACGCAGAUUGUUGAAGCUGAGUUGAGUUCAAUUUAUGAUGGAUUCAAGACUGAGUUUGAUAAGUUGGUUACGGGAUCGCUUUCUCUUCCUAUCAACCUGCCUGGCACGAGUUACUACAGAGGAUUUAAGGGCAGGGAGAAUGUAGUGAAGAUGUUGAGAGAAUUGAUAGAGAAGAGAAGGGCUGCUUCUCCAGCAACAACCUACAAUGACAUGCUCGAACAUUUAGUGAGGGACGGUGCGUUGAAUGAUGAGGAGGUCAUUGAUCAGAUCAUCACAAUACUUUAUUCUGGAUAUGAGACAGUCUCCACAACCUCCAUGAUGGUUGUCAAGUAUCUCCAUGAUAAUCAACAAGCCUUGGAAGAACUGAGGGAGGAGCAUUUCAGGAUCCGGAGGAGGAAGGCAGCGGGGGAUCCACUGGAUUGGGCUGACUACAAGUCCAUGAGGUUCACGCGUGCAGUUGUUCUUGAAACCCUAAGACUAGCUACUGUGAUUAAUGGACUCUUGAGGAAGGCAACACAAGAUAUUGUAUUGAAUGGAUUUCUGAUACCAAAAGGAUGGAAAAUAUAUGUAUACACAAGAGAGAUCAACUAUGAUCCAAUCCUCUAUCCAGAACCUUUGAAAUUCAAUCCAUGGAGAUGGCUGGAUAAGAAUUUGGAGUCACACAACUACUGCUUGCUGUUUGGAGGGGGAGGAAGAUUGUGCCCCGGAAAGGAACUUGGAAUAGCAACAAUUUCAACUUUCCUUCACUACUUUGUAAAAACAUAUCGAUGGGAAGAAAUUGGAGGAGAGAAGAUAGUAGAAUUUCCAAGAGUUGAGGCACCAAAUGGCUAUCACAUAAGGAGUCAAUCAAAAGCUUUCAGCAGUUCUUCAUCCUCUUCGAAAUCGAACAACAAAUUGGCGCCGUCUGUGGGAAGUAUGGCAGCCGCUAGAUUUGAUCUCGAGAAAUUCACUGGCAUCAACGACUUCGGGUUAUGGAGGAUCAAGAUGCGAGCAAUCUUGAUCCAGCAAGGGCUAGCGGAUGCCCUGAUCGAAGAGGCUGACCCCAAGAAAGAGGGAGAAGGCGAUGAGAAACCGGAUGAGAAGCUGGUGGCCAAGAAGAAAGAAGUUGCAGAGAAAGCGUACAUCACAUUGAUCUUGAGUCUCUCCGAUCGAGUACUUAGAGAAGUCUCGAAGGAGACCACAGCAGCAGGGAUCUCGGCCAAACUUGAAGGUAUUUACUGCACUAAGUCUUUAGCCAAUCGCUUAUAUAUGAAGCAGAAACUCUACUCUUAUAAGUUUGUAGAGGGAAAGGGGGUUACUGAGCAGUUAGAGGAGUUUAAUAAAUCGAUAGAUGAUCUGGAGAAUAUUGAUGUUAAGAUUGAGGAUGAGGACAAAGCCAUUAUGCUGUUGAAUGCAUUGCCUAAGUCUUAUGAGCACCUCAAGGAUGCAAUGUUGUUUGGAAGAGAGAAUUCGAUUUCCUUUGAAGAAGUUCAGUCGGCCCUAAAGGCUAAGGAAUUCCAGAAGAGUAAUGCAAAGUUUGUAGAUCUUGCUGCAGAGAGCUUGAAUGUAAGUGCCAAUGAAAAGGGGCAUCCCAAGAAGAAGGGAGCCAAGAAGCAGAAAUGGCAAAAGGGCAAGAAAGAUGAUCAGAAGGAAUCAAGGAGUUGCCACUUGUGCAAGAAACCAGGGCACCUCAAGAAAGAUUGUUAUGCUUUCAAGAGGAAGCAAGCAGAGGAGAAUCAAGGACAAGCUGCUGCAGACCUAAAUGAACUUGUUGAAGUGGCUGAAGUCUUGACCGUGGCAGAGGGAAGGAUUCAUAAUUGGUUGGUGGACAUGAAGGAUGCUGAGGGCACUGUCUCUCUAGGCAAUGAUCAUAUCUGCUAUGUCAAGGCUGUAGGCAGUGUCAAGAAAGGAGCUGCAGUGGUGAUGAAGGCUGCAAGACACAAUAGCCUCUAUUAUCUGCAAGGAAAGGCUAUUGGAGCAGAGAUACACCUGACUGAGAAAGUUAGCUCAUCAACAUGGCAUAGAAGGUUGGCUCAUGUUGGAAUGUCUGGACUUAAAGAACUGAUGAAGGCAGACAUUAUUUCUCAUGAUACAGAUAUGGUAGAAAAGGAUUUUACUGGAUGUGAGCAGUGUAUUCUUGGCAAGAGCAAGAAGCUCAGUUUCCAAAAAGGCAAGCAUAUCUCAGAGUCCCCUCUUGACUAUGCUCAUAGUGACAUUUGGGGGCCAGCUCAAACUUAG